UGUUUGUUCCUCGGUGGGCGUGGCUUCUUACGUUCCUGGCAGAGAGGGAUGUAAACAGCUAACAGCUUAGCAGCUAUCAUGCCCGUUCACCAGUCAGCGUCGGCUCAGACCACACACCUACACCCGGUGCCGGUCUGACAGGAAGUGUGACGCUCUGCUUCCUGUCCGCAGGAGAGAAGAAGAAAACAGAAGAAGAAGAGUUUCUGCCUCUUUAGCUUCAUCAGUAAUCAUUCAUUCAGCCUUAACCUCUGCCAUAAAGAAGCUGUGUGUCACGGUCACAUAGAAAGGCGCCUUUUCGGUAUUUUGGCACUCUGUUUUCUACUUAAACCCUGCCCCCUCCUCCCUCUCCCCGCGGCGGCCAUGUUGGGGCCUCAGUUGCUUCCCGCCAUCGCCAUAGCUGCGCCUUUGUCUUAAAAUCUAACCCUUUUUUUAAAAGUUUGGGACCAAAGCGAAAGCUCCUUAAACUGCUGCUGAGAUUCUCAUUCAUUCAUUCUGUAAAAUACACACACACACACACACACACACACACACACAGACACACACACACACACACACACACACACACACACACACACACACACAGACAGAGAGACACAGACACAGAGACACACACACACACACACACACACAGAGACACACACACUUAUUCCACAUUAUUUCGUUGCUUUUUUUAUCGCUGCUUUUGAUUCGUCGGUGUCUAGCCGGUCGGCCAAUCAAUGGCGCAGUCGGGCUCGGUGGCGUCUGCCGACCUGCCGAUCGAAGACGACAACGAGGACGCGUCUCUCGCCGCCAAGAGCGCCGCUAAACAGCUGAUCGUAACCACGGCGACGAAGACGGAGGGCUCGGACGCCGGAGCCGAGAUGAAGAGCAGCAGCAGCAGCAGCGACGGCGCCGACGAUGGUCCUCGUCCCUCCAAAGUCCCGAAAGAUGGCGAGGAAAAGGACGACCGGGAGGUGGAGGAGGGAGGAAGAGGAGGAAGAGGCCACGCCCACGCCGCCGGAUUCGUCUUCACUGUCGUCCGAGAACGGGACGAUGACCGGCGCCGUCACGGAGGAGGAAUCUCUCUCGGCUCGACUCAGACACAACAAGGAGCCAGGUCUGGACCUGGAGGAGAGUCUCGUCUCCGUGGCAACGACGACGACGGGCAGGCCACUGACUUCAGCAGCGGGUUCACAGACCGGGCGCCCCUCCCCUGCCGAAAGCCCGAGCUGUCGGACGCCAUCGGCUCACCGCUGCACCCCUGGACGCCGGACGCCCUCUCAACCAACGAGGUUUCCAGUUUGGAAGGAGGAUCGACGCUGGCAGCUGGAGGCCGGUGA